GUAGCCUAAAGUUCACGUCCACUUCGUGUGUGGUACGUUUAAAGUAAUAUAGAUAAAGGAUACUUCCAAAUAGUUUUGGAUUCUCUUGCAAUGGUGGUGGUAUUAAGAACUUGGACUGAAUCACGGUCACACGCAUUACAAACAAGAGCAGAGAGAGAGAGACCACAUCUGAUUUCGCAUGAAACAUUCCAAAACAGUGAGGACAGAAACACAAGACUUCAGUUUUACUUUUUUUUUUCUUUUAUCUUUUUGACUGUCGCUACUUCGAUUCCAACACAAUCAAUCACUGUGUUUAAAAGGGUUUCUCAGUUUCCUUAUCAUUAACCUUUUUUUUAUCAUCUUCUCUACACUCUUCACCAAUAGCUUCACUCUUUUUGGUCAUGGCUUGUAUAAACGGCGAGAAUCGUGAUUUUUCUUCCUCGUCAUCUUUGUCUUCUCUUCCAAUGAUUGUCUCCCGGAACUUUUCUGCCAGAGACGAUGGAGAGACCGGUGACGAGUUUCCUUUCGAGAGGAUUUUCCCGGUUUACGCUAGAGGAACCCUUAAUCCCGUGGCCGACCCGGUUUUGCUGGAUUUUACCAAUUCUAGUUAUGACCCAAUUUGGGAUUCUAUAAGAGAAGAAGCUAAGCUUGAGGCAGAAGAGGAGCCGGUUUUGAGUAGCUUCUUGUAUGCUAGUAUCUUGUCGCAUGACUGUUUAGAGCAAGCAUUGAGUUUUGUUCUAGCUAACCGUCUCCAAAACCCUACCUUGUUGGCAACUCAGCUUAUGGAUAUAUUUUGCAACGUUAUGGUACAUGACAGAGGUAUUCAAAGCUCGAUUCGUCUUGAUGUUCAGGCAUUCAAAGACAGAGAUCCUGCUUGUCUAUCGUAUAGUUCGGCUAUUUUACAUCUGAAGGGCUAUCUUGCACUGCAGGCGUAUAGAGUAGCACAUAAGUUGUGGAAGCAAGGAAGAAAACUAUUAGCAUUGGCACUGCAAAGCCGAGUAAGCGAGGUUUUUGGAAUCGAUAUUCAUCCCGCUGCAAGAAUUGGGAAAGGAAUAUUGUUGGAUCAUGGAACUGGUGUGGUCAUAGGUGAGACUGCUGUGAUAGGCGACCGUGUCUCAAUUUUGCAUGGUGUGACAUUAGGAGGAACUGGGAAAGAAACCGGUGACCGCCAUCCAAAUAUAGGCGACGGUGCUCUUCUUGGAGCAUGUGUGACUAUACUUGGUAACAUUAAGAUAGGCGCUGGAGCAAUGGUAGCUGCUGGUUCGCUUGUGUUAAAGGAUGUUCCUUCGCAUAGCAUGGUGGCUGGAAAUCCAGCAAAACUCAUCGGGUUUGUUGAUGAGCAAGAUCCAUCUAUGACAAUGGAGCAUGAUGCUACCAGAGAGUUCUUUCAAAAUGUAGCUGUUGCUUAUAGAGAGACAAUACCAAAUGGAUCUUCAGUUUCAGGGAGUUGCAGGGAAAGGAGACAUUAAAAAGAGAACAUGAGAUCACCUGCAGCUUCUUUAAGGCGGUUUUCAUCAUCAAUCAUAAUCACUUCAAACAAAUAACAAAGCUCUUUGUUUGUUAACAAACUUGUUUUUCCAAUUGAUGGAGAAAGAUUUUGAUACAUUGUUAAACAUUAUUCAUUCUGAAAAGAAGAAAAAAAAAC